AUGAAAGAAAAAUCAAGUAAUCUAUCUAUCUCCGCCUUUUCAUAUCUAUCUCUUUUCCCUAUCUAUCUAUCUAUUAGUCUCUUCAUAUCUAACUAUCUAUCUAUCUAUCUAUCUAUCUAUCUAUCUAUCUAUCUAUUAGUCUCUUCAUAUCUAUCUAUCUAUCUAUCUAUCUAUCUAUCUAUCUCCCUUUUCACAUCUGUCUAUUAUCUCUUUAUCUCUGUCUUUUCACAUCUAUCUCUCUAUUUCCCUCUCUUUUCCUAUCUAUCUAUCUAUCUAUCUAUGUCUGCCUUGUUACAUCUAUCUAUCUAUCUAUCUAUCUAUCUAUCUAUCUAUCUAUCUAUCUAUCUAUCUAUCUAUCUAUGUCUGCCUUGUUACAUCUAUCUAUAUCUAUCUAUCUAUGUCUGCCUUGUUACAUCUAUCUAUCUAUCUAUCUAUCUAUCUAUCUAUCUAUCUAUCUAUGUCUGCCUUGUUACAUCUAUCUAUCUAUCUAUCUAUCUAUCUAUCUAUCUAUCUAUGUCUGCCUUGUUACAUCUAUCUAUCUAUGUCUGCCUUGUUACAUCUAUCUAUCUAUCGAUCUAG